AUGCGUGACUGGGAAGAAUUGGAGCUUGAGCUCCCAAGGGUGGUUCGUAAGCACGCAGUAGAAGGUCGAGGAAUCGUGGAUUACCAUCCACCAUUAUGGGCUGAUUUUAACCCUAAAGAUGUUCUGGGUAAGGAUGUAUAUCGAUAUUCAGUUGAUAUAAUCUCCAACGGAACGUUUCUUGAAAAUGUGAAGCUGGGUUCCAAGUCCUACUGUAUCCUGGGGUCUAUGGAUGACUGCGACUUUGUAUAUAAAAAUCCAUUGGUAUCAAGGAAACAUCUCGUGUUACAGUUGAAUAGACAUGGUAGUCUAUUGCUAUAUGACCUGUGUUCCACUCAUGGCACUACCCUAAAUCACGUUCGUAUAGAACCAGAUAAGUACUACAUGCUCAAGGUUGGAGACCAGAUCCGUAUCGGUUUACGUGGAAGUACUAGCCGGACGUAUGUGGUAUGCGGGCCUGAAGAGAGUGACCCUUUACAAGAAGAUGUAACUUCAGAUAUGAAGCCUAAGAAGAAAGCUAAAACUUUGGCUGAAAAAGAUGAACAAGAGAUAAUGGCCAAAGUAAAAAAUGCUACGGCGGCAGAUUAUUACGACACCCAUUUAUAUUUUGACGAAUGGGAUGACUACUUUGAUCGUGACCAAGUGAAACAGGAAUCUAGUGCAAAACGGAAACAGAAGACACAUACUGCAGCAUCACUCAAGGCUGACCUUGCUAAGCUUUGUCAGGAAGAGAUCGAUAUUCUGAACCGUUGGUACGACAUUAUUAAACAAGCUAAGGAAGAAGGUUUGAUUCGAGAAGGAGACGUUGAAAUCAAGGCCGAGACGUUGGUAAAAAAAAUUCAGAAAAAGGGACUAAACGAAGACCGUGCUAAGCUACAGGAUGAAGUUAACCGAAUACGAGAAGACAUCGAAUAUCAUAAAAGGUUGCUCAGACUAACCCGAACCGAAUGCUAA